UUGCAAGUGUUGCAAGUAGGACGAUUUUCGACAACACAGGCUGACAAUGAGUGGGGCUCCAAGGUUACCUUCUAUCUGUGUCGGCGUUUUGGUUCGCUCACUGCUGCUAUUGCUGUUCCUAUCGCUGAGCAUCUUUCGGGUCGAUGGGCGCCGGCGAAAUCCGACCCUGGAAUCGUCUAAUCCAUCCGAAACGGCAGGAAGAAGGCUCACCGAAAGUAACGACGAGUCCGAAGGAGCCACGACUACUAGUGCCCUGCUGAGACACGUAUCCAAUGACGACGGCAGUAGCCGAAGCCUCAUUGGAACCAACGUUGAUGUCCCGAAAGCCACAACGCCAGACGAUCACCUGGUGACCAAUCUUCCCCUUCUCAAGGAUUUUGAGGCCAAGCAUUGGGCUGGAUUGCUUCCGGUCAAUGAUAAGGGAGACGGGUACCUCUUUUAUUGGUUGUUUGCCCCCGAUCCAAAGGUUCUCCAAGAGGAAAAGGACAGGGGAAGGGUGAAACAGGACGAAUCCAACGUUCCGCUGGUCCUUUGGCUCAAUGGCGGACCCGCGUGCUCCAGCAUGGACGGAUUGUGGCUCGAGAACGGACCCUUUCGGUUGGAUACCGGUAACGGCAACGGUGAAUGGGGCAACAUCAAACUCGAUCCGCACUCCUGGCACCAUGCCCCUGCCUAUGUUUUGUACGUCGAUCAGCCCGUGGGGACGGGAUUGGCGUUUACCACCAGCGGAAACUAUCCGAACAACGACCAACGAGUCAACGAAGAUUUUUAUUACUUCUUGACCGAGUUUAUGAAACUCCACGGCCCAAACCUGAACGUACAAAAGAAUAGCGAUGGUCUUUUAACCCUUGGACGGCCCUUUUUUUUCAGUGGAGAGUCCCACGCUGGACACUACAUUCCGUCCAUGAUGAACUACAUCCGCAAACAAAACGCCAACCCCAAAACGCUGAAACAAAGACAAAACGGAGGCGUCGUUAUGCCCUUGAGUGGUGCCCUCAUUGGAAACGGCUGGUUCGAUCCCGUGUAUCAGUAUUCAGCACACGAGGCAGCGUACGGGUACGGAUUGAUCGGCAAGGCCCAGAAACGGUCCCUGGCCCUUGCGGAAGAAAAAUGCCAGGCCGAUUUACGCAAAGGGAGGUACACUUCUGGCGCGUGCUUCGGUUUGCUCGAAAAAGUCGUGUCCAAUUCGUUGGGAAAGGGCAAUGACUUUGUGGUGUCGCAAUAUGAUCAGCGUGUGUGGGAAAAACGUCGCUUCGCAAGGGACUUUCCCCCCGGCCACAAGGAAGUCGAGGCGUUUCUGGGGCGCACCCACAUCGUUGCCAACGCUCCGAUAGAGUCGGUGCUGUCAGCGAUCCACGCGAUGCCCAGCUGGGAGUCAGGGCAGCGCUACCGCGAGUGCACCGAUCCACCCUACAACGCAUUGAAACACCAGGACGGGUUGGGAGUAGUUGGCGAUAUUGUCGAAGUGCUGGAGGACGACACUCAGAAAACACGCCUCCUUUUUUUCAACGGCGUCCACGAUCUGAUUUGUAACCACGUCGGCAACGAAAAUGCUCUCGAGGCUUUGCCCUGGAAAUACCGAGCCGAAUACAUCAAUGCGGAGCGAUACGGGUGGAAUGCUGCCUCUACAAACAAGCUGGGAGGGUACAUGAAGGAAUUUCAAAACUUGGGCUUUUUGAAAGUACUGGACUCGGGCCACAUGGUCCCUAUGGACGUUCCAAGCAUCGCCCUGGAUAUGGUCCGUGCCUUUGUGUAUCACGAACCCUUUAACACAUUUCGUCAGGACAUCAACCCUGUGUCGGAAUCGGAGGUCCCACAGAACAGCAACGGGUGUAACGAUUGUCCCGUCUGCGAGGAGUGCACGAUGCAGACCUGCGAAGAACGAUUUCAAGUAUCUAAAGGGAGCAGCAUGCUAUCUGGAAUAGGUUGGGGUAAGUGAAAUGUUUUGUUCGCAUACUUCUGACGACAAGACCAAUAAACGAAAGUCAUGUUUAUUGCUAUAUCUAUGAGUGUGAUCCUUCUAUAUUCUUCUUAUCUUUCUUUUUCUCUUCAAAUGAAUGCAAUGCUCUUCUAAUUGAACACAUCGCUACUACUGCUAAGGUGUCACCGCCUUCUGCGCCAUGGCGGGGUGUUAUUGUCUUUACUUUUACGGAUCCAAACUCCUCUGCCGUCGCCGACGGCAGAAGUACUACUCGGAUGCAAGCGGUACCGUCGAACUGUCUGCAUCCAGCGCAGCAAGUAACGGAGGAUACUCCGACGUUGACAACGACGUGGCAUCAGAGAGCGAUGGACUGUUUUAUGGGGACAACGAGGAAUUUGAAGACCAGAAAAUCGAUCUCUCGGAUCCGUCUUUUGGCGGCAGCGACGACGAUUCGACGAGACGAAGGGUGCGAGGGCUCUCAUAAACAAUAGUGAAGUGAAAUAAGAACAGUAAAUCCAC